AUGGGGAGCAGCAAGAGCAAGCCCAAAGACCCCAGCCAGCGCCGGCGCAGCCUGGAGCCCACCGACAACACCCACCACGGGGGCUACCCAGCCUCGCAGACCCCCAGCAAAGUGGCUGCUCCCGACACCCAUCGCACCCCCAGCCGCUCUUUCGGGACCAUGGCUGCUGAGUCCAAGCUCUUCGGAGGCUUCAACACCUCUGACACGGUCACCUCGCCGCAGCGUGCCGGGGCGCUGGCUGGUGGAGUCACCACCUUCGUGGCCCUCUACGACUACGAGUCCCGGACCGAAACGGACUUGUCCUUCAAGAAAGGAGAGCGCCUGCAAAUCGUCAACAACACGUGA